AUGUGAACUUUCAGUUUUCUUGAAUUCCAGUACAAGCUUUCAAGGAACAAGUUCUUGUGCAAACCAUCUCGCUUAUUUUCCAGAGACAGGCAGCACUUGGGCUUACUACCUGCUUUCCAGCUCGAUUUAAAUGAGCUGAGGGAAGUUUUUAAUAAGUUUGAUUCCAACAAAGAUGGGAAGAUUUCUCAGAUGGAGUACAAGGCCAUGUUGAGGGCUCUAAGGCUAGGAAACACGACUCGAGAUGUGCCCACGAUUUUCCAGGUGGCAGAUAUUGAUGGAGAUGGGUUUAUCAAUUUUAAAGACUUCGUGGAAGUACACAGGAGGAGUGGUGGGGUUAAGACCAUGGACAUACAGAACGCAUUCCGCACUUUUGAUCUGAACUGUGAUGGAAAGACAAGUGCAGAGGAAGUGACGGAAAUAUUAUGGAGGCUUGGGGAGAGGUGCACCCUCCAAGAUUGCCAGAAAAUGGUGGCAGCAGUAGACACUGACAGCGACGGUAUGGUUGGCAUGGAUGAAUUCAUGACUAUGAUGACUAGCACUAUGAAGCUUGCUUAAAAGGGCCCUUUCUGUUAUAUUUCCCGGGUUUCUUUCUUUAAUAGCCCAAUCUAAAAAAUGCCGUUUCGUUGCUACCUUUGUUUUCUCCGUUUAGCAGAUGACAGUUGUUUGUUUCAAAGAA